CGAUAUCGCAAUGGCUGUGGUUCGUGUGAGUUGUAUGCUGGCUCUUUUGCUGAUCGCCGGUCAAGGUCAGGCGGCACCGGCGCCCGUCAAGGCCGAAGGUCGUACCUUGGGACUUCUGGGUGGCGGAUUCGGCAGCAGUGUGGGCCUGAGUGCCGGGAUCGGAGUGGGCGGUGGCCUCUAUAGCGGAUUCGGAGGAGGCGGCGGCUAUCCUGGUGGCUAUGCCAGCGGCUACCCCGGCGGAUAUGGCGGUUACUCCGGCUACGGAGGUGGCUUCGGAGGCGGUGGCUACGGAGGCGGUUACUAUCCAGGAGGAGGCUACUCCGGCUUCGGACACAGGCCCCACCAUCAUGGAGGAUUCUAUCCCGGCGGCGGAUCCUACUACAACCAGGGUGGAUCCUACGGCGGCCAGUACAGCCAGUCGCAGUACUCGAAUGGAUAUUACAACGGAGGCGGAGGCUACGGAGGCGGUGGCGGUUUCUUCGGCAAAUGAAAGCUCCUAAACCUUACCACCUGGCCUGUAAAGUAAUUGUGAUUCGCACUUUGUAGAUUGUAAAAUACACAAAACAACAUAAACCAGAAAUAAUAAGCUCACUUUAAGAUAAUUGAAA